UUUCAUAUCAUUGUGGUUGUUGAGGAUAUUAAUGACCAUGCCCCUCGAUUCCAUAAAGAUGAAAUAAAUUUAGAAAUCAGUGAAUCUGUAUCCGAAGGUGCACGAAUAUCCCUUGACCCUGCCACCGACCCCGAUAUAAACAUGAACUCAGUUAAAGAUUAUCAGAUAAAUCCUAACCCUUAUUUCUCAUUAAUGAUUAGAGUUAAUUCCGAUGGUGGUAAAUACCCAGAGUUAUCUUUGGAGAAGCUCCUAGACCGGGAAGAGCAGCGUUCUCAUCGCUUGAUACUGACUGCCUUGGACGGGGGAGACCCACCACGAAGUGCCACCGCUCGAAUAGAAAUCUUUGUCAGGGAUGCCAAUGACAACUUCCCGGUGUUCAGCAAAGAUGAAUAUAGAGUCAGUGUUAGUGAAAAUCUGCCCCCCGGAUCCUCCGUGUUGCAGGUGACAGCCACUGACAAAGACGAAGGGGUCAAUGCAGAAGUAAACUACUACUUCAGGAGUACCGCUCAGAGUACAAGGCACAUGUUCUCACUGGAUGAGAAGACAGGUAUGAUUAAGAAUAACCAGUCAUUGGAUUUUGAGGAUACAGAAAGAUACACCAUGGAAGUGGAAGCAAGGGAUGGAGGUGGUCUCUCUACCCAAUGUAAAGUAAUCAUAGAAAUCCUAGAUGAAAACGACAACAACCCCGAAAUAAUCAUCACUUCUCUCUCUGAUGAAAUUUUGGAGGAUACUCUUCCAGGAAUGGUGGUGGUUCUCUUCAAAACACGGGACAAGGAUUUCGGAGAAAAUGGAGAAGUUGUCUGUAACAUAAGAAGGGAUAUUCCUUUCAAGAUUUAUUCCUCUUCUAAGAAUUACUACAAGCUGGUGACAUAUGGACCCCUAGACCGAGAACAGACUCCGGAAUACAAUGUCACCAUAACAGCCACCGACAGGGGCAAGCCGCCUCUCUCCUCCAGCACUACCAUCACCCUGAACAUCACCGACGUCAACGACAACGCGCCCGUUUUCCAUCAGGCCGUCUACGUGGUCCAUGUGGCCGAGAACAACCCUCCAGGCGCCUCUAUUGCGCAAGUCAGCGCCUCGGACCCCGACCUGGGGCCCAACGGUCGCGUCUCCUACUCCAUCGUGGCCAGCGACCUG